AUGGUAUACCAACAGCACCAUGCAUGGUAUGUGUUCCCCGUAUGGGGUCACAUCACCAGUGCCAACGCCCUGAUUAUCAAGAUGCUUGAGGAAAACCCAGCUUUGGUCGUAGACACCCGUAGAUUCCCCGAGUUACCAAAGGACCGAUUCCGUCUCUUGACCUUCGGUGACCCUGACAUCUCCAAAAAUGUGGGGAAGAACACCAUUGCAGAGGGCAUUGCUCAACUAUCCAACUGCUGGAUAGAGACCCUGCAAGAAGCCUGUGAUGGUACACAAGCCUGGCCAAAGCCUACGGCCCUCAUGCUGGACCAGAAUGGAUCACUCCAUACUCUACCACAGGUCAGAAACAUCGUUGGACCUGACUGCAAGGCAUACAUGAACCGGGCCGGUAGUGCCGCACGCCUGUAUUCGUUCCUUGCGCCGUCAGGUAAAGGUGGAUUUAGCGACUGGGAAAACAUUGUCGAUAAGUAUGUCUCCGAUGAGGCAUUGCGAAAAGGCAGAGAGCGCAGUGGAAUCAUCGACAAGGUGUGCAUAGCGAAGAAUGGGUUUGAUGAGUUCAACGGUACAGUUAUCUCAAUUCCUGGAAUUCAGGAUAUGUACGACUAUGAGCGUGAAUUCGGUGAGGUUCCGCUGCAAGCAGGCGUAUCAUCAAUGCUCAGAGAGACUGUUAGUCUGGCAAAAGCAACUGAUGGCGUGAUGUGUGCUUCUUCCAUGGCUUUAGGGGGCGAGACUAUUGCUGCCUGCCAGACUUACGCGACUGUCUCUCGUAUUUUCCACCAAAAAGCAAAUUUCCAAGCCUUGGUUUCAGCUCUCAUCGAGGUCAAGUACCCCUUCGUCCUGGUUCUUGGGGGAAUGUUCGCAGGAAAAGCCAUUGAUCCAUCAGAGAUCAGCCGAAUCAAUGACAGUGGUGUCGGCUAUGUGUGUGACAGAUGGAUGGACCAACAAUCACUUCUUCAACAUCCAUCUAUUGGGUGGUUGUUUGCACAUGGGGGAUUCAACUCAACAGUGGAAAGCCUCGUUCAGGGUAUCCCGCUCAUUGGCUGGCCUCUUGCUCCGGGAGACAACGCCAUCAACACGGCGGUUGUUUCCACGAGGAAGAACCCGGUCGCGUUUGAAGUGAUGCAGUGCUAA